AUGGCUUUUAGUAAGAACUUGUUUUUUGGAUGUUGUUUGAUUGUCAUUUCAUUUCUUUUGGCCAGUCCAAUUGAAAUUGUUGAAGGCAAUAUUGGACCUUUUCCUGCCCUAUUUGUGUUUGGUGAUUCAAUUUUAGAUUCGGGAAAUAAUAAUUUCAUUAACACUACGACUCAAUUCCAAGCAAAUUUCCCGCCUUAUGGCGAAACGUUCUUCAAAUCUCCUACUGGUAGACCUUGUGAUGGUCGCCUCAUAUCCGAUUUUAUUGCGGAAUUUGCUAAUUUGCCUUUAAUUCCAGCAUUUUUUGAAAUUGGGACCGAUAAAUUUAUUCAUGGGGUGAACUUUGCUUCAAGUGGUUCAGGUUGUUUAGUAGAAACCAAUCGUGGUAUUGUAAGUGACCUUCUUAUUUUUCCUUUUUAA